GUCUCCACCACCGUGCUCCUGCCGCGCUGGGAUCCAGCCCUCGUGUUCGACCUCAUUCCUCGCCACCGCAUAAACGUGCUGUACCUGACCCCACCGGCAAUCUUGCACCUCUUGAACCACCCGCGCGGGAACACGGCCGACCUCAGCUCUGUGAUCAACCUCGGGAGCGGGGCGUCGUACCUGCCUCCGCAGCUCGCGCGGGUCUUCACCGGGCUCGCGAAGAACGCGAAGCUCGUCGAGGGCUACGGCAUGUCUGAAACCACGCUCUCCAUCACUCGCAUAUGCCCCGAGAAGCUGGGGGGGCCCAAGUCCGGCAGCCCCGGGAUCCUCGUGCCCGGGCUGGAGGCCCGCAUCGUCCGCGACGACGGCGCGCUCGCGGGCCCAGACGAGCCGGGCGAGCUCUGGGUGCGCGGGGACGUCGUCGCGCUCGGCUACUGGGGCGACGCGCGCUCGACGGCGGAGACCUUCACCGGCGGCGGCUGGCUGCGCACCGGGGACCGGAUCCGCGUCGACGCGGACCAGCACUUCUUCUUCGUCGAGCGCGUCAAGGACACCCUCAAGGUCUCCGGCCAGCAGGUCUCGCCCACCGAGCUCGAGACUGUCCUCUUCGCGCACCCGGACCGGCUCGUCGCGGACGUCGCGGUCGCAGGCGUCGCUGGCGCGCGGCUCGCGGACGAGAGGGUGCCGCGCGCGUGGGUCGUGCUGAGCUCGGAGGGGCGGCGGCGCGGGGCCGCCGCGGCCGUGCGCGCGCUGGACGUGUGGGUCCGGCAGAGCCUCAGUCGGUUCAAGUGGCUGCGCGGGGGGGUCGAGGUCGUCGAUGAGAUUCCGAAGAACCCAACAGGCAAAGUGCUGCGUCGCGUGCUCGUGGAGAGGCACGAGGAGCGGCAGAAGGCGCCUUCUGCGAAGCUGUGA